CUCAAUUAAGUUUUUGAAAGUAUUUCAAUUAAAAAGGAGAGAUAGGGAUAUCUUUAUUAGAUAAUAAACAGAUUGUAAAUAUAGACUUAAAAAGCUGUUGAAUUGUUUAAAAUUAUAAAUACUUAUUAAACAAUAGUGAAAUAAUGAAAUUGUUACACAUAAAAAAUAAUUUAUUUAUUUAUUACAGAACAUACUAAAAAUAAACGAGUUUUUCGUUUUCAAAUACUGGGAAUAGUUUGAAAUGGAUAUUCAAACGAUUUAUUCGGCAAGUAAACAUAUUUAUUAUCUACCUUAUGUAUCCAAUUUUGGAUAGAAGCACUCUCUUGUCGACAUCAUGGAUUUGUAUCUAGUAUAUUGUCAUCCAUUUUGUUCCAUAAACGUACUAGAGCAAAAUGGCUUCUUUAUGCUGAUUGAAACAGUUUUAGCAUUGUCUGUUUGAAUAAGAAAUCUCUGUAUCGUUUUGUCAGUCGGAGGAGUUUGAAGUUAAAAAUAGGCUAUUUCGGUCACAUUGCCAGAAAUGGCGUUUGCUGUAAAUCUCACUGUUGUAAUUAAUGCAUCUUUGUCAUAUUAAAAACUUUAGAGAAAUAUGGCACAGUUUGUUAUUUCCAUUGUAUGCCUUAACAUUUUUAGCUGAUGUGGUAUGACAAUAUUUUUCCAGGAUCAUUGAAAAUAGCUAUAUAAAACUCAAUGGACACACGUGUUCUUGAUACUUGUCCGCUGUUAUACAAUUGAUAGUAUCAAUAUGUCUCACCAUGAGAUCGUGGUAACUUUUUAUAAUUCAUUAUAUAGUACGUUGAUUAUACGACUGUAAAUUCUUCCUUACUUUUUUACUUGUUUACAUACAUAUAGUGAUCAUUGAAGAUCAAAACUAAGAAUGUGAUUCUAGUAUAAUAAGAAAAUGUAAUAUUAAAACAAAUCGUCAUUCAACUUCGAAUCUCCUGAAUAUAUGUAAGCCUCCUCCUCUUUCCAACCCCAGCUGUCGUGCGUCACUCUCAACCUUUGAUUCCAAUCAAUUUGUAUUUUUAUAUAUCCUAAAAAAUACACAAUACGAGGUAUCCUGUAGUAUUGUAAAUUUCAUUUAUCGUUAUGAGAAUAAAAUAAUUACAUACAGCGAACUCUAUGGUAAUGUUUAGGGGCUCAGUGCGUAGUUUUCGAUCGCAAUUCUGUCUGAAUAGUAAAUAACGCUAAUAUAGUAAACUUAGCUUUUAUCUGCCCCCACUGAAUGAAUUCCAAUCGUUUCGCAGGUAGGAGCAAGAAAUUUGCUGAAUAAAUCGUUACAAAUUGAAUCAACUAAAACUUACAAAGUUUGUUUAUUCCAUAAUGGAUUUAAACGAUAAUUUUAUACAAAUUAGAAUUUGUUUCCAUAUUUUUGGAAACUAAUUUGGUUGUUUUGUCGCAGAGUUUUGUAGAUUUAACUAUUAUAUUAUUAGUGUUACACAAGACUGGUGUAGAAUCAUGUCAAUAUUUUAGCAAAUUAGUGGUGUUUCAACACCUUAUUAAAUGGUGAUAGGCUAUUUAGUAGUUAUUUGUAUUUUAACUAAAAUAACAAUGGAUUGUCGGAAUUUUAUAUUAAUUGCUGUUUUGGACCACUUAAUAAACUGACAUAACUAGGUACAUUUGUGUUUAUUUUUGCUUGAGUAGGAUGUUUUAGGAGCUGAAUUAAGUUUAGUUUUUGUAAACAAUAUAGUUUUAUUUAACACGUUAAUCGCCGCGUGAAUGAAAAUGUGGUUCACUACCGAAAGAGCCGCCCAGACUUCAUUACCUAAUAUAUGGGCUCCAGUACUAUAAUAAAAAAAAUUUGUCUCCAGUUUUUUGGGCGGUUAACGUGUUAACAUUCUUUUCAAGCCAUUAAUCAACUUUUCAAUGUUUUGUCUUGACCCAAUGGCGUUGCCUAAUAUUACAAUCAAUAUAUUUUUAGAGGACAAAACCAUAAAAACUAUUAAUAAUUUUUGGGUUUCCGGAAAGAUACCUUUUAACGAACAUAUUAAAUUCGCAAAUUAACCUAAAUACCGGUUGUAUAGAGUGCAGCCUAAAUUAUAAUUUAGUUUUUAACUGAAAAUAAAUUGAAAUCAUUGAAAUAAAGCCCAUUUUACUUCGUGUAUUGAUGUUUUGUUUGUUAAACUUUGUUUUAUAUGUACAAAUAUCCAAUAAAAAUAUGUUUAUUUAUGCUAUUUUGUUUUCAAGCACACCUCAAUCGUGAAAAUCGAUAUUGACGUUAUUAGUGCUUUGUAUUCACAAUAUUUGUCUGAUAUUUAUGUUUAAAAUUCAUAAUACAAUAAAUAUUAUAAAUAAUUAUAAGUGUAAUGUCGUCUAGAGCUGGGGCUCCAAAUCGGAAUUCGCUAGUAAAUUGAGCAGGCCAAUAUUGUCUCACGUCUGGGCACUUCCAUUAAUUGACUUCUCUACCGAAAUACGUUAAAACAAUUGUUUAUUAUAUUCCUUCCACUUACGUUUAUUAUUCGUAAUGCCUUAAAUUUUAUUUUAUUUAUAAGACAGUGGUAUUACAAAUUCUGAUUUAAAUGAAUGUUAUAUUGUCUUCGUGACUUUAGACAAUCAGUAUUGUUUAGACUUUUCGCCUUCAGUUUUAUAAUGCUGAUUUUUAAUAUGUUCAAAACUUAUCCAUUCUAUGUGCUCAUGUUAAACCUGUGCUCAUUUGUAUUAUUAUCUAUGUAUCCAGUUUCAAAUUCUUGAAGAUAUCUCCAUUUAUUUAAGAAUAUAUUUGCAAUUUUUGUCAUAAAAUAGCAUCUUUAUUGACAACACUGAAAGUCGCUAUUUUUUAUCGUGUCAAAAUGUGGCAUAAAUAUGGUAUACUGUUAUCAACCUUACCAGACAUCAAACAACAGGAUUAUUUGCGUAAAAGCGUAGUAAUCAUUUUGUGUAGUGUGUUAAAUAAAUGCCUUGUUACUGAGUAAAGUCGGCUGGAUUGUCUUCACAAAAAAUUGCCUGUUAUACCCGAUAAUAACGACUCUCGCCACGUAUUAAGCUAUCACUCGAAGUUACCGCUUUAACCAUUGGGCUACCGUUAUAGUUAUAUAUCAGAAUUUGUUCUACCUGCUGAUUUUUGACUGCAGCAACGAGUUUUUAAUUAAUAAAAAGUUGGCUAAUGGACGAAAAGGUAUUUUGUGGGAACCGGUAUCAUUGUUUACAAAAACUAAUUAAUUGAAGCUAGGUAUACGUGUAUUUUUAAUCAAAAAUGAUUAGGAAAUGUACUUCUGUUCAUGGUAUUUGGUCCUAUUUUGUUUUAUUUACAAAUAGUACUUGUGUAUUUAACGAAUUUUUGUUCAAUCCAUAAAAAUAUACAAAAUAUAGUACAAAAUGAGAUUUGUUGAAAGCGAUUGUAUAUAUGAUAUUUAUUAUGAUUGUAUAUAGUUUUACGUUGUGAAAUGAUUUUUGGGUUUGUUAUUUUUGAAUGAUAUUUUGACAUAGAGAUAAUUUUGAUGUUUAUAGAGGCCUUAGUAGUGAAAGACUACGUUAGAAAAAUUAAUAAUACACUUAAAAAUCUAUAUAUAGGGGUUUUCCUACACAAUCCGUCUCACGUUAUCGAUGAACUAUUCAAAUAUACGUUGUUACCAUUGUAUAAUUUUGCCUUAAAUCCAUAAAGAGAAAAGAUUGUCCUAAAUUUAUAAAUACCUAUUUUUUGUGUAGUGACUCAGUAUUGCUAAGAAAAUUUUUUGGCAAUAAACGAUUAACUUCUCGCAACGUGCUAAAAUAUUUCUAGAUAACAGAUAGAUAUAUAAGAAGUAGAUAAUAGUUUGACCUAAAAGCCAAGAAACACUUAAAACAGCUAAAACUGCAAAAGAUGGGCACCAGUAAAUCUUAACCCGAGCUUUAUAAAGGACUCAAAAUCGUCAGAAAACAUAUCAAAACAUUACAGAAGCAAAACUGUUAAAAUUGACAUGCCACUUGGUCCAGACAUGCAGACAAACAUGGCGCCAAUGUCUGUAAGUAUUGCAUCUGCAUUUCCGACCAAUGCGUAAUUUAGCAUGUUCUAGAUUGAGUCAUGACCGAAACCGUAUAUACAACAAAGACGUCAUGGCAUCAACUUGACUUCUUUUUAAUUUGUGUUUGAUUUUGAAGGAUUUAACGAAUAGAAUACAAUGUCACAGAAAAAUUCAAUGGUCUAAAUUGGUCCAAUCGUGACUAUGGCUCCUCAAAUGAUAGGAUUUAACGAAUUAAAUACGAUUAUAUAAAUGUCUCCAUACAAAAAAUAGCCCCAACGACCAGCGUUCGAUAUAGGCAUCUUGUCCACUGCUAUUAUUCAAAAAAGUUAUAUUAUCAAUAAAAUACUGCAAAAAAGUUGUAUCGUCAAUAGAAUCAAAUCAUAAAAAAGUAAACUUAAAAAAAUGUAUGUAUUGAUUAGGUACCAUAAAAAAAAGGACACAUCCUAACAUGAAUAACCUAAUAUCUAAAUAUAUUGCGGUUCUCCAUCAGAACAGAGUAAAUGAUUAUUCAAAAUUCAUUACUGCUUAAAACUUCAUAAAAAUUGAUAAAUAGAAGGCUUUGGACCAAAAUCUUUCUAACUGAAAAAGCUGUUUGGAUUGCAUUAAUAUUACUCAUUACAAGUUUCACAUAAUAUUCUUUAACGCAAUUAUAUCAACAUAUCUAUAAUUCAAAUAUAUGCACAAAAUAGUAUAUAUAAAAUAUUUAAACACACUUUAAAAGUCGUUAAUCUCUGGAGGCUGUAUGUUGUGGUCUCAGGUAGGACCCCAAAAAGGUCGAAGUCGCUUAAUAUCUAGCAGCAGAAAUGAAGCCAUAAGCCGGAGGUAAAGAAAUCAUGACAAAGACUGUACAUAGCCUGGCUUUAACUGCACAGGUGGUUGCAUAUUGAUGAGCACGGCCAAUGAAUGCCAACCUCAGCAAAAGAGCUCUAAAAGAUAAGAAAUUCUUUGUCUAAUUUAUGAUUAAAACAUAAGAAUAAUCCAGACUUAUCGCUUAAAUGCCAGUUCUGGAUCACACAGCCGUAUUAAAAAAAAAAAAACUUAACGUCGCCAGAUAUCGUAACACCAAAACUAAUAUUGACUUGAAAUCUGGGUAUUUAUGUAUUUUAUACUCUAUUGUCAGACUAAUUUGGGGUAAUGUAUAUGUUUUUAUUAGGUACUUGAGAGCAAGAAAGAGCUGCUGGGUCUAUAAUACGCAGUUACCUUCUUGAGAAAAAUUAUGUACUUUUAAUAUAAUCUCUUACAGACAAAAUUAAUGAGAUGGGUAAAACUAACAAAAAUGUUAAGGGCUAGAAAAAUUAAAGGCUUUAAUUACAAUUACACAAGAAGCUAGGGAUUAAACUUUGCUAUUAACUUGACCGACUAUUAAGGCAAGCCACCACUCCGGUAGAGAUAUCGGUUUCUUGGUUUUUGCAGCAUACCUGAAUAAAAGACUAGUGACUAGUGAUCAGAAAUAUGCAGCAUUCUGUUGCAUAUUAUUCAUACUUGACUUAUUUAAAAAUAAGACAGCAUUUUCGUGCAAUACUUACAUUUCACGUUCAUGAUGUGUGAAGUUAAAAGACCAGAUGGAGCUACACAUAAAAAAUAAAAUAAUACUUGAAUAUAAAAAACUGCAAAAUUCACCCAUAUACCAGCACGGACACCAGAAAUUAGUCCAUGUUUUUUCUGGUUUUCCCAACUUUGUCGUUGAUCAACGUGGGACGAAAUGAGUAGGAAAAAAUAAGAAUAUAAAUUUUAAACUUUAAUUGCAAAACAGCACUUCCGAAAUGUCAUUUACAAAAAAAUCUUGAAAUUUUUGUACAUACCUAAAGUUUUGUACGAGUGAUAAGAAUGUUUGAAUAGAAACUCGUUAAAUAUACUAUUCAGUGUUGGUGUAUUUCUUUAAGUACAAAUAAUAAAAGAAUCAUUACCCUUUAUUAAUAUAAUAACACUGCUGUAUUUACUAAGCAUAAUGUAAUGUAUGUCAGUCAUAUAGCUGUUUUCAAUAAACAAAAUGUUUAAAUU